AUAAGAGCAAGGCAGACAGUUGCCUCCCUACUCCUGACUUUUAAUAGGCAAGAGGAAAGGUUGCAAAACUUGACAUUGUAUUAGGAAGAGUCCCCACAGCAAAAAAUAAAGGAAAAUGAGAGAGAGAAAUUUAGCAGCUUGUUUAUACGGAAACUGCUGAUGGAUUUUUGUUUUUACUUUGAAAUUACACUGUAAAUUUGAAUUCAGAUUGUUUCCUGCUGGGUGGAUAAUGGAAUUCUAAACAUGAGGCAGAUAGCCGAUCAGCUUCCCUGGAUUUCGCUGACGACACAGGAAAGCUUUGCCUGAAGAUGGAAACACUGGAGUCGGAAUUGACCUGCCCUAUCUGUCUGGAGCUGUUUGAGGACCCACUGCUGCUGCCCUGCGCUCACAGCCUCUGUUUCAACUGUGCGCAUCGCAUAUUGGUCUCCCACUGUGCCACCAACGAAUCAGUGGAAUCCAUCACUGCCUUCCAGUGCCCUACUUGUCGUUAUGUCAUCACUCUCAAUCAACGUGGUCUAGACGGACUGAAGCGCAACGUCACCCUGCAGAAUAUUAUCGACAGAUUUCAGAAAGCUUCAGUGAGUGGGCCCAAUUCUCCUAGUGAAACCCGCCGAGAGCGGGCAUUUGAUAGCAACAGUAUGUCAUCCAGUGAAAAAGUUCUCUGCCAGUUCUGUGACCAGGACCCUGCCCAGGAAGCAGUGAAGACCUGUGUCACUUGCGAGGUGUCGUACUGCGAGGAGUGCCUGAAAGCAACUCACCCGAACAAGAAGCCAUUCACGGGCCACCGUUUGAUAGAGCCUAUUCCGGACUCUCACAUCCGAGGAUUAAUGUGUCUGGAGCAUGAGGACGAGAAAGUUAACAUGUACUGUGUGACUGAUGACCAGUUAAUCUGUGCCUUGUGUAAACUGGUUGGACGGCAUCGUGAUCAUCAGGUGGCGGCUUUGAGCGAGCGCUAUGACAAAUUAAAGCAAAAUUUGGAGAAUAACCUCACGAACCUUAUUAAGAGGAAUACUGAACUGGAAACUCUUUUGGCUAAACUCAUUCAAACCUGCCAACAUGUGGAAGUGAAUGCAUCGCGACAAGAAACCAAGCUGACAGAGGAAUGUGACCUGCUCAUUGAAAUAAUCCAACAGAGACGGCAAAUUAUUGGAACCAAAAUAAAGGAAGGGAAGGUGGUGAGACUGAGAAAACUGGCUCAGCAGAUUGCAAACUGCAAACAGUGCAUUGAACGCUCUACAUCUCUCAUCUCUCAGGCCGAACAGUCUCUGAAGGAGAAUGAUCAUGCACGCUUCCUGCAGACAGCUAAAAAUAUCACUGAGAGGGUCUCUAUGGCUACUGCAUCCUCCCAGGUGUUAAUCCCUGAAAUUAAUCUCAACGAUACUUUCGAUACUUUUGCGCUUGAUUUUACCAGGGAGAAAAAAUUGCUGGAAUGCCUCGAUUAUCUUACAGCUCCUAACCCUCCCACCAUUAGAGAAGAGCUCUGUACAGCUUCUUACGAUACAAUCACUGUCCACUGGACCUCAGAUGAUGAAUUCAGUGUGGUCUCAUAUGAGCUGCAAUAUACCAUCUUUACUGGACAAGCUAAUGUAGUUAGUUUAUGCAACUCAGCCGACAGUUGGAUGAUUGUUCCAAAUAUCAAACAAAACCACUACACGGUGCAUGGGUUACAGAGUGGCACUAAGUACAUCUUCAUUGUCAAGGCCAUUAAUCAGGCGGGCAGCCGAAACAGUGAGCCUGGCAAGCUGAAGACAAACAGCCAGCCGUUUAAACUGGACCCCAAGUCUGCCCACAGAAAGUUGAAGGUGUCCCAUGAUAACCUGACAGUGGAGCGUGAUGAAACUUCUUCCAAAAAGAGCCACACACCCGAGCGAUUCACCAGCCAAGGGAGCUAUGGAAUAGCUGGAAAUGUGUUUAUUGACAGUGGACGGCAUUACUGGGAAGUGGUGAUAAGUGGGAGUACAUGGUAUGCAAUUGGUAUUUCUUACAAAACAGCACCAAAACAUGAGUGGAUCGGAAAGAAUUCUGCCUCUUGGGUGCUUUGCCGUUGUAAUAAUGCUUGGGUGGUGAGACACAACAGCAAAGAAAUUCCUAUAGAGCCUGCUCCUCACCUCCGUCGUGUUGGGAUUUUGCUGGACUACGACAAUGGUUCCCUUGCCUUUUAUGACGCUUUGAACUCUCUACACCUUUACACUUUUGACAUAACCUUUGCACAGCCCGUGUGCCCCACAUUCACUGUGUGGAAUAAAUGUUUGACAAUUAUAACAGGCCUGCCUAUCCCAGAUCACUUAGACUGCACUGAGCAGCUUCCGUGACUGCUAAAAGCAAAGGGAUGUAAUGUCAGCUUUCCAGUGGACUGCAAAAAUACUGCCCACAGGAGCUAUUUGAAUAUGUGGCGUACAAAACAUCCCUGAUGAUUUCAGCCAGAACUGAAAGUGGGUAUCUCUCUUUGCUGUGUAUUUGGUAUUAAAGAGCAAGAAACGGCUUUAAUAAUUUCUCAGAACUAUUUUGUAUUUAGUCUCUUACAAGAAGAUUUAUAAAUUAUUUAUAUAAAGAAGUCCCCAAUUUGGCUAUUUGGAUUACAAUUCAUUGUUUUUGCACAUAAAGGGCCCCAUUCACUAAAGUUUCGCAAGACUUUUUUACAAUUUUAUUUCACAAGGGAAACUAGCAGGAAUUUUGUUUCCUAGAAACUGUGCAGCGGACACAUUGAUAUACUGUUGAUCUUACAUUAAACUCCAAUCUUAUUGUGUGCAACAUCUCUCUGCUUCAGUUUUGCACA